AGCGCCGCCAGUCUGUCGCCGUCACUGAAACGGAUGUUUUAGCAGAGCUCAUUGCCGGCGUGAAAAAUAUCAUUCGCUCACAGCUGCGCGUGACGCCUGACGGCCAGGCCACGUCGCGAGGUGCAUCGCUCGCGUGAUUUCGCAUCGCGAGGUGUAUAUUGCUCGCGUAAUUUCGCGUCGCACAGAGUACAUGCGUGAUAACACAUCUCGAUGACAUAAUUUCGCGUUGUGUGCUCCGAAAGUAAGCGCCGCAGCAUAAUACGCGAGUGCACGCGAGUGCCCGGUCGUUAAUUCUGCCGUCUCGUUCUUUCUCUUUUUUUUAUUGUUGUGAUAACGCUGAUAACGCGCCUUUCCUAAAGCGUAUGGUCCAAGUUUGAGGUGACAACGAAUCCAACGCGAUGCGAUCAAGUGUGAUAACGUCUCUAACCCAAAGGGCUGCAUCGCGGCUGAAUUGUUUAACUCGUCAGGCUUCCACAAGCACAUGUACCACGUACGACCUGGUAAUCGUGGGCGGUGGCAUCGUCGGCUGUGCGACCGCCCGCGAGAUGAUUAUGCGGCAUCCGAACAUGAAAAUGGCCAUCGUGGAGAAGGAGAGUGCUCUAGCCAGACAUCAAACGGGCCACAACAGUGGUGUGGUGCACGCUGGCAUUUAUUACACUCCUGGAAGCAUGAAGGCAAAACUUUGUGUGGAAGGCUUGAAACUAUCGUACGAAUACUUUUGCAAGAACAACAUACCUCAUAAGAAAGUCGGCAAGCUGAUUGUCGCUCAGAAUCCGGCUCAAGUCAAGAGGAUAGACGAACUCUUCGACAGAGGAACGAAGAACAAAGUUCCCGAUUUACAGAUUGUUGAGAAAGAUUGUAUUUCAAAAUACGAACCCAAAUGCAAGGGAGAAAAAGCUAUAUGGUCACCAUGGACUGGCAUAGUGGAUUGGGCAGUCGUGUGUAAAUCUUUUGCCGAAGACUUUCGGAAAAUGGGAGGCGAGAUUUUUCUUAAUUUCGAAGUAACCGGGUUCACAGAGAUAGCGGAGUCGAAAGGACAAGGUCAACUAGCCCCCAUAUCUGUUCAUUCGAAAAGCCGGUGCAUACCAACGAAAUACGUGCUGACGUGUGCUGGCCUGCAUUCAGAUCGACUGGCGGUGAUGACCGGGUGUGACUUAAGUCCGAGGAUAGUACCGUUUCGUGGCGAGUAUCUUUUGCUAAGCGAUAGUAAAAAGCAUCUCUGCACGACCAAUGUGUAUCCAGUGCCUGAUCCCAGAUUCCCAUUCUUGGGCGUGCAUUUUACCCCUAGAGUGACCGGCGAAAUCUGGCUGGGUCCCAAUGCUGUUCUCGCGUUCGCUAGAGAAGGUUACAGUUGGCUCGAUAUAAACAUAAGAGACUGCAUAGAGAUGGCAAAAUUCCCUGGUUUAUACAAACUAUGCUAUCGAUACUUUCUGCCAGGCUGCAUGGAGAUGAUGAAAUCAAUUUUCUAUCCGUUAGCUGUGAAGGACCUUCAGAAGUUUAUCCCCGAAGUUACGUACAAAGAUGUAAAAAGAGGACCAGCGGGCGUAAGAGCACAGGCAUUGGAUAAAGACGGCAAGCUAGUCGAUGAUUUCGUUUUCGACACAGGCACCGGUACGAUCGGAAGCAGAGUGUUGCAUUGUCGAAACGCGCCGUCACCAGCUGCAACCAGUUCUAUGGCGAUAGCGAAAUUUAUUGCCGAUAAACUCGACCGCGAUUUCAAAUUAUAAUAUACGAAGUACACAUCGAAUCGCUCAAAUGUAAAAUAUAAAACAGAACGGGCAUUUAAAAAGAAGAAAAUAUACGCAAAGAAAAUACAAAUAUUUUCUACGUGUCGUAUAAUUUUUGUAUUGAGCCAUUUAUUAUCUCGAAAAAUAGAUAUUUGUAUAUUAUAUCGAUUUAUAUACAUUAAUAUUUUGUUAUAAUAACGUGAAAUAAUUUGCGACAAGAUAAUGGAAAAAA